UUACAGAUCUAAUGAGUCCUUUUUUUUCUUUUCCCUCCCGUUUGUACAUACAUCCAUGGACCGGAGUUGAUACCUAUAGACCGGGCGGUAUUUUGUUCGUUGAUUUUGACCAUUUAUGUUGAUGGAAGCAUAUUCCGGAGUUGUGUACGAUUAUCUAUGUUGUUUCUAGCGCGUCAUUUCUGGCGUUUGUUUGAUUAUUUCAUUCGAUUAGGUAUUGGUAAUAAGACGUUAUUGAAUAUCCUUCCUUCCUUCUUCCAUCAAAUACAUGUAGUGAGUCAAAACCCCAAGAGAGAAUUAAUUAGAAACAAAAUAAUUAACACCCACAACAUCCCCCAACUCCAACUCCUUCACCACCGCACCAACAUCGAAUCUUACCCUCUGCCUCAUCCCCAUCUGUUUCCUAUCCUUGAGUUCUUUGGUUUGUUUAUACAAGUAGAAAACAUAUCGAUGCGCCGCCGCACCCGGAGGCGGAUUCGCAGCUGCCCAGGGAGCGAUUGGUUGCGCUUCGGAUUUUAGUUCUGCGCCAUUUGUCGACCUAAGGUCUGUCUGGAUCCAGUGCGCGAUUGGACUUAGGAAAUUGAAGGUUAUGAAUGGGGCGUCGAGGUCGAUUGCUAUUACUGUAUAUGUUUCGUCGUUUGCUGGGGGGAGGGCUGAGGGUAGGCUGAUGGUUGGUGUGGGUUUGGUGUCUAUCCCAUUUGUUUAGCAGCAUCUCAUGACUAUAAGUUAUGAGGAUUGUUUGGGACGUACCAGCCUUGGGAAUGUGAUCCCCUGGAUUUAUGGAUUUGUGUUGUGAUCCGAGGCUCACGCCGACGGUGGGAUAUGUGCCGUCUUUGAGGGCUUGGAGGUUGGACUCGUGGGUUGAUAUGUCUGGCAUUUUCUCUUCUCUGUCUUGGAUUGUAGUUAUUGAUGAGAAGAUAUGUUUAAUACUUUGUAUAUAUCCUGCUUUUGUAAUGUGAUAGAAGGGUUUCCGGUUCCGGGGCGUAUGGCCGGGACCGGCUUAUAUUAUUGUAGGCUUAUAUCAUAAGAGAAGGUUAUCGACUGGAUAUAUACAGGAUAUAUCUGACGUGUGAAGUCAAUUGUAGGCUGCGUUAGUUGGUUGUUUGAUAUGCUGACGUCUAUGCCUGUAAAAGAGAAGAUGUAUACCGGAGAAAUAUACUCGAUAUAUCAAAUUAAUCCGACAGCAUCAGCCCCACCAUGAAUCCGAGCACACACCAAAAUUACCUGAUCGAAUCGAAUAUCAACCUCAUUUUUCGUGAUUGACCAUCUUCAGACCACCAACCUCACCUCUCACCCUUUUCCAAUCCUUUUGCGAUUUCCGAGAAAGGACAAAAUGGUCACCGCAUUCGAUAAAUGCGAUACGCGACCAGCGCACAUCGACGCCAUCCUCAACGGUCUGGAUCGAUACAACCCCGAAACCACCACUGUGUUCCAGGACUACGUUGUGCAGCAAUGCGAGGAUAGAACGUUUGAUUGUUAUGCCAAUUUGGCUUUAUUGAAGCUCUACCAAUUCAACCCCCACCUCCUCCAAACCGAAACAACAACCAACAUUCUCGCAAAAGCGCUCACCGUCUUCCCCUCCCCAGCCUUUUCGCUCUCCCUCGCCCUCCUCCCCGCACAUACCCAACCCUUUGGCCUCUCGGACGAUAACGCCGCCCAAUCCUCGGACUUUGUCGAAUCAAUUCAAAAACUGGCACAUCUCAACACUUUACUCGAAUCAGCACAAUACGCCUUGUUCUGGUCGACUUUCAACUCUGAUGAUUUGUACGCUGAUCUCGUGGCUGAUGUAGCCGUAUUCGAGGAGUUGGUUCGUGUGCGCAUUGCGGUGGAAGUUGGGAAGACGUUCCGUGAAAUCAGUGCGGAUACGCUUGCGCAAUGGUUCGAUCUUAAGAGUCGCGAAGCUCUUCAGAAAUUUGUUACCGAUGUUUGUGGUUGGGUGGUGGAGGGUGAUCUUGUUCGUGUUCCUAAGAACAGGGAGAACGAGGCUCGAUCAGAGAUUAAGAGUGAGAGGGUUGGAAUGGAUAUGUUUGGGAGAGUUAUUAGACGGGGUUUUGAGCAGCCUGCUUGAUUUUUUUUUUUUUUGAGUUUAGAUAUGUUGUCACGGACUCACGGGUCGGAUACUACUGACGAUACCGUACCUAUUAACUAUGGGUUGACGAAAAGUGAGGACAGGCGUGGGCGUUUUGUUUUUGUUUAUUGCAUUUGACGGAUAAUACGAUUUGAUAUCGGUCCAUGUACUGUACUCAAGUAAAUAAAUCCUGGAGUAUCAAUUAACCAUCCGGCUCCUCCUUG